AUGGGUGGAGGCCACGACAUGCACGGCAGCCCCAACGGCGGCGUGAAGGGCUUCGUGUCCGGCCUCGUUAACGGCGGCAAAGGCCACGGCUACGGGUCAUCGUACGGCCAGGGGCACGGCUACGGCGGCGGCCAUGUACAGGGCUACCAGCAGGGAUACGACGGGCAUGGACAGAGCUACGAGACCGGGUACGGCGGGCAUGCGCAGCACGGGCACGGCGGCUACGAGCACGGGUACGGCGGCGGGCAUGUGCAGCAGGGACACGGGCACGGCCACGAGCACGGGUACGGCGGACACGGGCAGCAGCACGGAUACGGCGGCGGCCACGCGCAGCUCGGGUACCCUCCCGCUGCCGGCGCCUACCCUCCACACGGCGGAUACCAGGCGCACGGCUACGCGCCGGCGGCCUACCCCUCUCACGGGGGGCACCAGGGUCACAUGGGAUCAUACCACACCGGGCAUGGCGGCGGGCACCACCACGGCGGCAAGUACCACGGCGGCAAGUACAACGGCGGCAAGCACGGCAGGUAUGGGGCCAUUUGCGCUACUCUGGUAAGAUUUCAUUUUCUCUUGCACAUCCUCCCUGGUGACUUUCUUGGAUGUCGCGCCCUUAAGAAAAUCCCUGAAAGCUUCAGCCCACUUAAAUUCAGUGCCCUUGGAAGCCGGGACGUUGUAGUUUUUCUUUCGGCACAAUUAGAGGCCGCUUCAAUCUGUGCAUGA